GAAGGAAUAUGGUGAGGGAGGGGCCCUGGGAAAGGCCCCACCUUGCCCCUCCCCAUUCUCGCCUCACCCUCUGCAAAUCUGACAGGCACGGGACAGGAGUAGGCACCAAGACCUUCGCUGCUUUGCCUUGCAGCCUCCCCAGGUCCCUUGUGGGCCCCUCACCCUUCUAGCUUGCAGCUGGCCCCCUGUAGGUACAGAAGGAUGACUGACUGCUACCGCCCCCCAGGGAACGAGACGCUGCUGAGCUCUCCGGCCUCACGGGCCACAGGCACGGCCUUCCUGCUGCUGGCAGCGCUGCACGCGGGUGGGCCGGCUGGCCGCCACCUCUGGGGGGACAGCCUGUGCCAGCUGUGCCACCCGUCGCGGGCCCACGCCGCCGUCCACCUGAGCCUGGAGACUCUGACCGCUUUCGUGCUGCCCUUCGGGCUGGUGCUCGGCUGCUACAGCGUGACUCUGGCGCGGCUGCGGGGCGCCCGCUGGGGCUCCGGCCGGAAAGGCACGCGGGUGGGCCGGCUGGUGAGCGCCAUCGUGCUGGCCUUCGGCUUGCUCUGGGCCCCCUACCACAUGGUCAACAUUGUGCAGGCGAUGGCUGCGAUGGCGCCCCCCGAAGGGGCCCUGGCGAAGCAGGGCGGUGCGAGCCAGGCGGCGCGAGCCGGAACCACGGCUCUGGCCUUCUUCAGCUCCAGCGUCAACCCAGUGCUCUACCUCUUCACCGCGGGGGAUCUGCUGCCCCGCGCGGGUCCCCGGUUCCUCACGCGGCUUUUCGAGGGCUCUGGGGAGGCCCGAGGAGGCGGCCGCUCCAGGGAGGGGACCAUGGAGCUCCGAACUACCCCUCGGCUCAGAGUGGUGGGGCUGGGCCUGGGCAACGGAGACCCCGGGGGCGGGGCGGCCAAGGACAGUCAGGAAUGGGGCCCGUGACACCAAAUCCUGCUCUUCCCUGUCCCCUUCCAUCACCCCUCAGAACUCAGAGAGCACUCGAUAGCGUUUGGGAAGCCUCUGACCGGUUUGGAACUGUGGGGGCAGAAUUAUGCACCUGGGGCAGGCCCAGGUUCCUCCAAACUGAGGGAUUGCCAGGGGUGAUGGUUCAUGCUAAUGAAUAUUGUGCACUUGCAGGUUGGCAUGUGCCCAUGUGCCAGAGCUGCUAAUUUGUUGCCAAUAGUCAUUGUGAAAGACCC